CAGUAACCGUUUGAUUCAACGGCUAAAUCCUAUAUCCACUAAAAAUCAACCACGUCAUCAGACAUACCAAUAUACAGCAACACUUGAUUGUAGCCCCUAUGGAUUGUAGCUAAUAAAAAGAUCGUCAACAGAAUUAACUCUUUUAAAUCACUCCUCUGUUUUACCUUCUCUGUUUCGCUCCCUAAAGAAGAAACAGAGCGUUCACAUUUCUCUGCAGCAUAAUCAUGGCAUUGAUAUUCUUAUUCUUAUUGUUUUCGAAUUUGUUCUUCUCCGGAGUUAUGUCAAGGAGCUUCACAUUUUCGAACAAGUGCGAAUACACAGUCUGGCCGGGAAUUCUAUCUAACGCCGGAGUUCCUCCAUUACCAACUACAGGCUUCGUCCUCCAGAAAGGAGAGACGCGUACAAUCGACGCGCCGUCUUCAUGGGGCGGUCGUUUCUGGGGAAGGACACUCUGCUCUACCAAUUCCGAUGGAAAAUUCUCCUGCGCAACUGGAGAUUGCGGUUCCGGAAAACUUGAAUGCUCCGGCGCUGGAGCUGCCCCUCCUGCGACUCUAGCUGAAUUUACCCUCGACGGUUCCGGAGGACUCGAUUUCUACGAUGUCAGCCUCGUCGACGGCUACAAUGUUCAGAUGCUGGUGGUUCCUCAAGGUGGCUCCGGUCAGAAUUGCAGCAGCACUGGCUGCGUCGUCGAUUUAAACGGCUCAUGUCCGUCCGAGCUAAGAGUGAAUAGCGUCGGAGGCGACGGCGGCGGUGGGAAAGGGGUGGUGACGAUGGCGUGUAAAAGCGCGUGCGAAGCGUUUCGGCAGCCGGAGUAUUGCUGCAGCGGCGCGUUUGGGUCGCCUGACACGUGUAAGCCGUCUUCGUACUCGAGGAUCUUCAAGAGCGCGUGUCCACGCGCCUAUAGCUACGCGUAUGACGAUAAGUCUAGUACAUUUACGUGCGCGAAAUCUCCCAACUACGUUAUCACUUUCUGUCCUUCUCCCAACACCAGCCUAAAAUCAGCCGAGGAACAGAGCACAGAGACAAUGACGACGACAAGUCCAAGCUCCGGCAGGACGACGUCGUCGCAGAUGGUCUACGAAGGUGCUCUGGACGAAAGGAGUGGUUCACCAUCUACAUGUCACGGCGUAUCACGAGCAAUCACUGUCGUUCUCUCGCUUGCUUUUUGUCGUAUGUGGUGGUUCUUUUGACCAGAUUAUAUGUCUUAGAAGGCCUUUUCUCACUAUAGUAAAAAUAUUCUAACAUGACUCUUCCUUACUCAAUCAGCAAAAAGCUAUAGAACAAAAGUGGAACAAUUUGAGAAAUGUUGAAACAAUGUGUCUUCCAUUUUA